AUGACCAUAGCGUGCCCCCUGCAGGUGACAUGGAGGAAGGCAUCUUCGGACAAGGCGUCACCACCGGUGCCCCGAGGGCUGGUGCACGACCUGGGCGGCGGGGCCCGAGGAGCGGGCAGCGGGACGGAGCCGUCGGAGGGCGGCCGGGCUCACGUGCAGAAGAGCGACGAGAGCGCCUCGCACUUUGAUCCCGACACGGGCAGUGGGAUGCUCUUCCUCAGCAACGUGACGGUGGCACAUGCCGGCGUGUACGAGUGCGAGGCCUGGAACGCGGGCGGCACAGUGCGGGUCACCUUCCAGCUUGCCAUCAACUCUUCGUCCUCGUCUAUCUGGGCCGGCUGGGCACAGGCGGCGCCCCUCGACACGCCGGUGUGGCCGCGCCUGCGGAGUGGCGGCGGUGAGGUGAGCCAGGAGCCACUCUACGCUCUGGGCAGCAUGGCCUUUGGCGCACUGGCCGCUGCCACGCAGAUGGCCAUCGCCGCCGGCAUCUCGCUGCUGGUGCUCACCGCGCUGCUGCUGGUCGCCAUGAUCUACAGCCGACGACUGCGAGAACACAAGGACCAGCACGCUGCGAACAAGCAGGAGGAAAGCAUCCUUUACCUGAACGACUACUCGGACGGGCCGACCACGUUCGCCCAGCUGGAAGAGUUCCGGGACGAGCGUGGCCACGAGAUGUUCAUCCUGAACCGUGCCAAACCCGUGUUGCCACCGGCCCUGCCCGCUGCCCCCCCUGACGCCGGCGGCCCCUCUGGCUCCUUGGCAACCGGCCCACCUCCCAGCCCCUCGCUCCCCACCGCUGAGGCGGACAGCGACAUUCAGACCGCGCGAAGAAUUGCUGGCGAGGGUGGCGAGGCGGAGCCGGUCAUGACGCCAGAGGGCGAGGGGGUCUUUGUCAACCACGCCGGCUUGUUUGUGGACUCCCUGACGGCCUACGAGAUCAACUGCUGAAUACAGGCCGACACUGUGACCCGAUGGCUGUGCUUUUAUCAAAACUCCUUGGACAAACACUGAGCAGCUUUCUGGACUUUCGUGUACUGGCGCAUGUGCUUCUCCUUCGUACUCGUCUUCUUUGGAAAGUGAGCAAGAGAAAAUAGAAUUUUGCAGACAAACCGGGCUUGUCCUUUGAAAAUAGCAGCGAAAGAUGGAGGGUCACCUGACAUCGUUUGGUGAUGACAACGGCUGU